CUAGCCUAGCGCACUCCGUAAAUUAACUUCCUUGAUCCUUGAUCCUUGAUGUAACAAGUUACAAGUAUUACCAUGUGACUGCUGUCAUGAGAAUGUGGUAUGAUUAGCAAUGUAGUAUCAUCCUACUGAUAUACCACAGCUUUAAAAUAGGAUAUAUCUUCGAGUCUGUCACUUCUGAUGAGAGUUUUCGGUAUAUAUCGCGUAUCAGUAAAUUAGAAACAUGAUAAAAUUACCCUUCGAUACAGGGUAUCUGCUACCGGAAUCCAGAAGACAAAGAUUUGUUAAGUUGAAUGUUUUUAUAGCUGUUUUAAUUCUUUUGGGUUUUGGUGUAUGUUUUGCAUCACUGUCCUUUUUGUAUUGGAAAACAGCUAAUCAGAGAUUAAUCCGUUUUAUUAACAAGAAAAGUCAUGAAACUCCGAUCUGUUCUAAAAUUCCCGAUAAGGAAAAAUUUAAUUGUUUUCCUGAUGGACUUGUCACAGAGAGUGAAUGUAUAAAAAGAGGUUGUUGCUAUAAGCCUGUUGCUGAACCUAAUAAAUCCCCCAACGGUUUACCGGCCUUGGGUACUCCUUAUUGUUUUUAUCCAGUUAAUUAUGAUGGUUAUUCUGUAAUAAAUGUGACACAAGAUAAUCAGAAAAUAACAAUCAGGUUGCAAAGAACUACAUCAUCUGGAUUUCCGAGAGACAUAAAGAAUUUGCUACUUAUAUUGACUUUCAUUGAUGAUUCCACAUUGCGAAUAAAGAUUACUGAUCCUAAUAAUGCUCGAUUUGAACCAUCUAUACCAAUUUAUCAGAAACCUAAGAAGCUAUAUAAGCCACACUAUAUUGUGAGUGUAGAUUCUAAGAAAGGAGUAUUGAGUAUUAUAAGAAAAUCUUCUGGAAUUGUUGUAUUCAAAACUAACCUUUCUCGCCUUGUAUAUUCAGAUCAAUUUUUACAGUUAUCUUCCUAUCUUCCAUCUUCCUACAUUUAUGGAAUUGGUGAACAUUAUGGUCCAUUCCUAAGAAGUGUAAAUUGGACUAAGCUGACAUUAUUCAAUUCUGAUUUAUCUCCUAUUCCAAAUCACAGUCUGUAUGGAUCUCAACCCUUUUAUUUGUCUUUAGAACCAUCUGGAAAAGCGACAGGUGUUUUCCUUUUGAAUAGCAAUGCUAUGGAUGUUAUUCUUCAGCCUACUCCUGCGAUCACCUUCCAACCAAUUGGAGGUAUUCUAGAUUUUUUCAUCAUGUUGGGAUCCACUCCAGAAGAGGUUGUUCAACUAUAUACUGGGAUUAUUGGGAAACCCUUCUUGCCACCCUACUGGAGUUUAGGAUUUCAGUUGUGUCGCUGGGGAUAUGGUACUCUAAAUAAAACUAGGGAAACUACGGAGCGAAAUAUUCAAGCUGGAAUACCCUUAGAUGUUCAGUGGAAUGACAUAGAUUUUAUGGACAAGUUUGAAGAUUUCACAUAUGAUAAAACAAAUUUCAAAGGUUUACCUGAAUUUGUCAAAGAUCUCCAUAAUAAAGGAAUGCAUUAUGUGUUUAUGACGGAUCCUGGCAUAAGUAAUGCUGAGAAACCUGGAACUUAUCCACCAUAUGAUGAUGGAGUGAAAGAUAAUAUCUUCAUUAAAAAUGCUGAUGGCACUAUUCUUAAUGGAAAAGUUUGGAAUUAUGGAAACACAGUGUAUCCAGAUUUUAGUCAUCCAUCAGCAGCAUCGUAUUGGACAAAACAGUUCAAAAAGUUCUACAAUGAAGUUCAAUUUGAUGGAGUUUGGAUUGAUAUGAAUGAACCUUCAAACUUUGUGAAUGGGUCACUUAAUGAUUGUCCUGCAUCAUCUCUGGAAGAUCCCCCUUAUCUUCCUACUAAUGUUCCCUUGCGUUAUAAAACUGUCUGUAUGACUGCCAAACAUUAUAAUACUGUCCAUUACAAUGAGCACAAUUUAUAUGGCUAUAGAGAGGCUGUUGCUACUAAUCAGGCUCUGAGAGAAGUGAGAGGUAAAAGACCAUUUAUCAUAUCUCGAGCAAGCUUUGCUGGACAGGGAGUUUAUAGCGGACACUGGAGUGGAGAUAUUUUUUCUACGUGGGAAGAUAUGCGCUAUACCAUUCCAUCUUUACUAAAUUUUAACCUUUAUGGAAUGCCUAUGAUUGGUUCAGAUAUAUGUGGUUUCAAUGGCAAUGCUUCACUUGAACUCUGUGCCAGAUGGCAUGCUCUUGGAGCUUUCUAUCCUUUUUCAAGAAAUCAUAACACAGUGGGAACUACUGAACAAGAUCCAGCAGCUCUAGGAGUGUUUGUUCUUGCAGCUGCUAAACGUACCUUGCUAAAACGUUACCUCUUAUUACCUUAUUUAUACACUUUGUUCUAUCGAAGUCAUGUAUUUGGGAACACAGUAGUAAGGCCUCUAUUUUUUGAAUAUCCACAUGAUGUCAACACUUACAAUAUUGAUGAACAAUUUCUUUGGGGUCCAGCUGUGCUUCUAAUUCCUGCUGUUUAUCCAGGUGCUAAAAAUGUAUCUUCUUACCUGCCUCAAGGAGUAUGGUACUAUGGAAAUGGAAGUGCUUUCAUCAGCUUUGGAGGAAAACUUGCACAGCCUUCAGCUAUUGAUGACAUUGUUGCGAUGUUCAGAGGAGGUUAUAUCAUACCAACACAAUUUCAAGCUCAAACUACAACUGUUAGUCGUCAGCAAAAUUUUAUGCUGUUGGUGUAUUUGGAUGAAAAUGAAGAAGCAAGUGGGGAAUUAUAUUGGGAUGAUGGUGAUUCUUUAGAUUCAUAUGAAAAUGGGAAAUACAAUCUUUUUCAAUUUAAAGCCAGUAAGAAUGGAUUGAAUAGUACUGUUUCAAAGAAGGGAUAUGAAACUCAGAUGAUAUUUGAUGCAAUUCAACUUACCGGAAUAAAAAGUGACCUUCAAAAAGUUACUGUGAAUGGUGUGGAAUGUAAAAAUGAUUCCCCUCCAAAAAAUAAAGAAUAUCUAAGAUUUUUUGAAAGCACACCUAAACAGUUUGAAAAUAAGGAAUCUGUUGUUGAUGGGACUGAGUGGAAAUGUGAUUUUGUGUUUUAUAAAAAAUGGGGUUUCUUGUUUGUCCUCUUCACAAAUUACAAUUUCCUCAAUUCCUUUGUGGUUGCAUGGAGUUAGUAGUUGAAAACUCACCGAUGGCUUUGCUUAGUGGAAGAAAAAACAAUAUGUUCCAUUUUGCAAUCAAUUCUGUGACUGUAAAUGUACUCUUUUUGUGUGAAUAUAUUUAUUAAUAUUUGAGUGAGAUAAAUACUUUUCUAUGGCUUAAACAUUUUUAAAACUGUUUCUUGUUAUACAACUACUUUCAUUUUAUAACUUUGUACACAUAAUUUAUGUACUUUUGUUUGUACCUCUAUGGAAACUAGUCAUUCAUUUGUUAAAUAUUUGAUUAGAAGAAAUUACCACAUUACAUAUUGAAGUUUGUAAUGAACAUAAUUCCUGUAAUACUCAAAAUAUAUUAAAAUUAUUUUUUAUGUCUUUUUUGUUCUUCCUUUAGUAAUUGUUUUGUUUAUCAAAGUUGAAUUAAUUUUAGAUAUCUAUUACUAUAAAGUUGAAUAUAUUUGACUUUACUAUAUCUUUACGUUAAUAUUUCAUAUUUUAUUAUGAUAAUAAUUUAUCUUGUUUUAUAUUUGGUAUUUAUGUUGUAUUUAAUUAUAAACAUAGUAUAUGAAUUGUUCAUUUCUCAGUGUUUGUUUUAAUACUUGAGACAAAAAUUGUGUUCUGAUUUAAAUUUUAAGAUACAAACUUUUUAGCAAUUAUUGUAUGUAUAUACAUGAUCUUUUUUUCAAACAGUAUUGUCUGGAUUUUCAGAAUAAAAUUUUUUGAUUUGCA